UCGAAAUGCUAUCGCUUGAUAAAGAUAUCCGACGGUUAAUCAGAAUAGGGCCGGUGUUUUAUCCAACAGUAUUCAUAACUGCAACAGCUUUACUUUUGAAAAUAAUCACUAUCAGCUCAAAGUGCAACUACCGAACUGAUGAGAAAUAUUUGAUUUCUAUAUGUGAAGGUGCGUAUGGCAUUUUGCAAGAAAGUAUCACAUCGUCAAAUCUUCCCUGUUAUAGUUCUGUCCAACUCCUCGCAGAAGGAAUAAGAAAAGUGCAGCAACAAAUCGGAAGUACCAAUGAAGCUGAAAAGAAAAGUGUUAAUACCCUACCAAGAAUCCCCGCCUAUAGUCAAGAUGUGACACUCAAUGGCAAUGAAAUCGCCGAUAUGAUGAAUGAGUUCUGGCCUGUUAGAAGCAGCAUCCCAUUGGAUGACAGUUACCCUGUAAGCAUUGCCCAGGUGUCUGACUAUAGUGAGCUUUGGCAAGCUGAAAUUUUUGAUGCUAAUACGUUUGUCGACAUCUUUUCUUCUGAAAUACUGAAAUCUAUGUAUCAGUCCCCAAUUCAGGAGUAAGCAUAAAUUGAAUUGCUAAAUAAUCUAUCUAUUGAACAAAGUUAAAACCAAGCCACACAAGUCACUUUGACCCAGAAGAAUUGCCACCCUGGACGAAUCAAUUCCGUAAUUGAGGAAGAGUGCGUUUAGAAUAGUAUUCUCAAGUCCAGAAACUGUUCCAACUUUGAUGCUUUCCAACAUGUUCGAACUGAAAUGCUGGUUACAACUGAUCUCUUCUAUGCAUUUGUCAAUUGUUUCAGACAAGUCGGACCCCAAGUUUUCAAUCAUUACUUGUUUGUGGAUGUAUGUCCUUUUGUUGAAGAGAACCACCUGGAUCUCAUUUGUCAAUAUAUCAAUGCAAAGAUUAUACUUAUCAAAUUGUUUGGUUGGUGGCAUUUUGGAAAUUGGGAGUUGUUCCCUCGUACCCAGCUGCUGUAAAGCUUCUCUCAAGUUUCCAUCUGCUUUGGCCAACAUUUUGUCUGCUUCAUAAAUAUCGACACCUCUUUUUGCAACCAAGAUUGCAAGCUUGAGAUUUCCCUGGGAAUAAUCAAGGAUAUGGUCUAUAAAUUUAUUUUCUUCCAAAUCAGUGGGAGAUGCUGCAAACUUGGAAAUAAUUCCUUCUUUGACAAUGUAGUACUCUCCUCCACAAGCUUGUUUGAAUAUAUUUCUUGUUCUUUCACG